GUUCCUCUCUCAGUGUCGAGAUCACCAGAGGGAAGCAUUAAAUUGCUCUUCACAUGAGUCAGAUCUGUUGUUCCUGAGGAGACAAGGCUGGUGCAGCUUGAGCGCUGUGGGCAAGUCUGACCAGGUCCCAUCUCAUUCUUGCCUGUGUUUGCCUUGCAGCUGUGUAAAUGAGUAUGGAAGAUUAUGAUUUCCUGUUUAAAAUUGUUUUAAUUGGCAAUGCUGGUGUGGGAAAGACGUGCCUAGUCCGACGAUUCACUCAGGGUCUUUUCCCCCCAGGACAAGGAGCCACGAUUGGAGUUGAUUUUAUGAUUAAGACGGUGGAGAUUAAUGGUGAAAAAGUCAAGCUUCAGAUCUGGGACACAGCAGGUCAAGAGAGAUUUCGGUCCAUUACCCAGAGUUAUUACCGAAGCGCCAAUGCCUUGAUCCUCACCUAUGACAUAACCUGUGAGGAAUCCUUCCGUUGCCUUCCUGAGUGGCUGCGGGAGAUAGAACAAUAUGCCAGCAACAAGGUCAUCACUGUGCUAGUGGGCAACAAGAUUGAUCUGGCUGAAAGGAGAGAGGUCUCCCAGCAGAGAGCUGAAGAAUUCUCAGAAGCUCAGGACAUGUAUUACCUGGAGACCUCAGCCAAGGAAUCAGAUAACGUGGAGAAACUAUUCCUUGACUUAGCGUGCCGCCUCAUCAGUGAAGCCAGACAGAACACACUUGUGAACAAUGUAUCCUCGCCCUUACCCGGAGAAGGGAAAAGCAUUAGCUAUUUGACUUGUUGUAAUUUCAACUAAAGGCUGAGGCAAGGAGAAGCGAGAGGAAUCAGCAGCUGCCCCGAUGGGCCCCCAAAUUGCUGGGGGAGGUCUGGUGAUGACUAUGGCUCCCGCUCUCAGACCUUCUGACUCCUGUGGGAUCCGGGCUUACAAAGCAUGGCAGCCCAGAGGUUUUGUCCACAGGCCAGCAUUAGCAGAACAUAUAAUGGUUUCACCCUUUUGCAGUCAGGAGUUGGAGCAAGGAGAAAAUUGCACUAGGCGCUCCAUGAUCUGCAGAGCAUGUUGCUUUUGUUCUUUUUUUUAAAAAAAAAAAAAGCAAGUAAAAGCGCAUUCCUGAACAGUCCAGGGGAAAAUGUACCGUAGGGAGAUCCCUCCUGCACGUCAGUGGGUGCAUGUGGGGGCUGUGCUUUAGGGCUUCUGGGGGCCCUGGCUUUCUUGUCUACCAGAUAAACCCAAACUGGGAAGGCCAAGUACUGCCUCUGGGGUGUGUGUUGAUGACUCUAUGGAGACGUUGAAAAGUGUUAUUUCUCUUGUCCACAGGCACUUUCAAGAACUUUGCGAUGUAAAAAUGAAAUGAAACCUUUUCCCAUGACCAACAGUAACCAUCAUUGGUUUAAUAAUAUAUAUAAGCUCCAUGACUCCUUUUGGUGCUAAUGAGUCCACUCUUUCACAGACCAAACAUUUUAGUACAUUGAUGUCCUUAAAUGUAUUACAUUGAAAUAAAAAAAAAAUAAGGGAAGUCCAUGAAUCAACACUCUUUCUCAAAGUCUCAUUACUACCUUUUCUAGGGUGGAUUUGUUGGAAAAUAAAAUACUUUUCCUUUCAUGUUCUUUCCCCUCUAAAUCUCUACCAUUUUCUUCUUCUAUUCUCUCAUCUGUCCAGCCCUUUAAGUAAAUGAAAACGUUAGAAAAAAUGAAAAAAAAAAUGGCUGGUGAUAUUCUAAUAUAAAAGACUAGCUCUAAGACAUCACGAGUAGUAUGAGAAAACAGACCUGAUCUGACCAAAAUACUGUGGAUGAAUGGACUGCGAUGCAGAGUUCUAAGCAGAGCACAGUCCUCAAUAGCAGGUGACAUCUUUUACUUCCUGGUACUAUCCAUCUUGGACAGGCCAAGGCUUAGAAUUUUGUACAUGUUUUUGGUAUCACAAGUGACAAUAGCAACAGAUGAAAAGUCUCAUGAACCAUUUUUGUAUCUUCAGUAACCUUAGAAAAAUUCUGCUUGUGGAAGCAGGUGGAGCUGGCAUUUGUCAACUCAUUCAUAUAGUGAUGUUACUCUCAGACUCACGACCAUACAUUCUUUCCUAUUUCCUUUUCUUUUCCUUUCUCUCCUGUCUCCCCAUUCUUUCCUCUCUUUUCCUCCCUCCCUUUAUAUGCAUGUGUUACUGCAAAUCUCCAAUUCAAAUGGAGGUGUAUAUGCCUUUACUUAGCCAAUUUUAAAACAAGACUCGAAAUGGAAGAUGUGCUGCUGGAUACGUGUUACUAAUUUCUUUAGUGCCAUACUUUGAUGCCUUCCAAUCUGUUCACUGAUAUAAAUGCAAAUUGGGGAAAUAAUUAAACCUGUAUGCUGUUGAUGCUGUCGGAUGUUUCUGUAGCUUGCCACUUGGCAUCACUGAGGGAUGCAUAAUGGAAUAAGGGCAGAAUAUGCAGUUCUGUUGUUGUAGAUGGUGGCAAUCUCGGUCCUGAUAUGUUGAUGUUUGAAAGCUGUUUAAUUUUAAAGAAAUGAGGCGCAUAGAGACACGACAUCGAUAAAGCAUUUCCAGUGUUCCUCUAGCAGAUUUCAGAGUGACUCAUCUCUUGUAUACAGAUUAUACAUAUUGUAUAAGGGAUUGAUACUUUUGGUUGGCUUCACUGUGUUUGUUCUGAUCCUAUGGGUGAGAGAAAGAGAUCGUAGUAGUUUGAAUUGCUUUUAUUUUGAAUCUGUUUCUGCAGGAAAGAAAAAUCAUUUUAAUAAAUGCCAUCCAAAAUCAUUUAUAAUAAUUGUUGCUUUUCCCUCCCUGUUUCUCCACUAAGCCAGCAACUAUAAAAGUUUUCAGAAAACAAGUUGAUCAAGGUGGGAAGAAGAACUUCUCUGUUUAAACUGUGAGGAAAUGUCCAUAGGUUUAGAUUUAUUGACUUUCAUUUAGGGCAAAAAUCCAAUAUCCCAUAUCAUGACCUAACUUUGUCUCCACAGCAGCAAGCAUGUGGAAACUAAAGCUGCUUUGUGAACGUAGACUUUCAGGUUGGACAAAUUUAGUCGUAGAACAACAGCUUCUAGAAUUGCUCUUGCAUUCUGAAAUUCUUAUUCCCCAGAGCCCUAGGGAAUAGGCCAUACUCAUAGGGGAUUAGAAAGUUCUGCUCUUGGUCUCUUCCUUCACUGUUACUCCUCGCAGCCUUUCCGUAAGGUACAAUCACCCAUCUGUGGCCCAUCAGCAGAGAUACAUGGGAAUUUAGAGCUUUUCUCCCCGCCUUAGUUGUAUGAAUUCCACGUUAGACCUUAUGGACACUUAUUUACUGAUACAUCUCUAGUUUCAGAACAAUCCCUGACCAUAUUGUAGGUGCUCCAUAAAUAUUAGUUGAAUAAAUGACUUAGUGCUGAGUGGAGCUUUGCUGGUCACAUGGAAAUUUCUCAAAUAGAACUUGAGAAAGGAUACUAAUUAAAUGUGGUCAUCUUAACCUAGACCAGGAACUAAACUCACUGGUUUGCUUACUGGUGGUUAUUGCCAUGGCAACAUUUGCUAAGAUGAGCCUUCUUAAAUAAAAAUGAAUUCUUAUUUCAUGGUGGAUGAAAAAGAGUUGCUUUCUCAUAAUUCAGUUUGGCUUGAUCUGCCUCACACUGAGUCCGUGUCUGCUUGCAUUUUUUCUUCUUUUAAUGAAGUUACUAAAUAUAUGGCAAAACUUCUCCAUUUCCAAUGAAAAUGUAUAUUUAUGUCAUAGAGUCAGGUUUGGGAGAAUCUGUGAAAUCAUAUAGCUCGCUGACAUUAAUGGUAUGUUAUGGCUUUGUGUAGACUGUAUCCUCAUAGGAUUUUGUGCUUUUUCCUUUACCUAUACAAGGCUUUUUGUUUAUAUGCUUUUGUUAUUUCUAUUGCAUUUAUAUUUAAUUUUGAUUAUGCAGGGCCAAUUGUCCUUUCUGCAGAUUAGAUUAGGCCAUUAGCAUUCCUGGCCUUUCUUUUUCCCCUAUCUUUUCUACUCAUUUCAUGUUACCAUCUCUUCCUGAGUAAAGUGGCAAGAGUGUAACUAGAAAUGAAAGUCAAAUGGAUUGAUUUGGCAAUGUGUCAAUUUCUGAAAGAAGGGUAAAAACCACUGGCCAAAAUAAUAUAUUUGGAUUAGGAUUAUUUGUUUUAAGCAAUUUAGAUUUGUUGGAGAGAGGAGGCAGAAUUUAACAGAGGACUGGAUUCUAUACAUGAAUGAUACCUUUGGAGGACACUGGUGAUUUCCAGUGUUAGGUCAAUGAUUUGCCUCAUUUAUCUUCUCGGCUAUUCCAUAAUUCUUCCAGAUUCAGCAUCAAAUUUCAGUUAAUGAAUCAUUUUGAAUAGAUACCAGUUGCAAGUGAUUUUGAAUUGCUCUUCUGACUAAAGUGAAAACAUCUUUUUUUCUAAACCAAGCCACAUAAGUAAGAUAUCAUCUUAUAACCAGAAAAAAACUUUCAUUUUCUUACCCACAUAUCAAACCAAUGGCUCUAAAGAUAGACAUUUUCUAUUUCUUAAGCCUCCAGAACUCUACAUUUCAUAGCCAUCCGUACUUUAGGGAAUACUGCCCCAUUAGCUUCUGGAAGAGCUUUUAGGGUUUGCCCUUUGUUUUCUCUAGAUUUUUUUUUUUUUAACUGCAACUGGUUACUUACUUUCCUCAACCAUGGUCCUGACAGAUGCAUUUUAAAGCAACUAUAAUACUUUUGAGACUUAACUAGAAAUUCAAAACCAGUGAAAAGAUGUGUAUCUCAUUGUUCAGACGAACAGUACUUCACACAAGCAAUCUGGUUGAGCACUAAUUUUGGGAUAAGAGGGGGAUGUGCUCUUUUCUUUCUUCUUUUCGAAUUUCAUUUCUGUUCCAUGAGUGUAUUUGUGUUUAAAAGGAAAGCUGCCUUCCCUUACAUUCAUCACACUAGGUAGAAAGCAUACUGAAUUAAGAAAUUAUCAUCCCUUCAAACAGCUAAUUGAUAUAGUAACCUUGGAACAAGAGAGAUGACACUUCAUCUUCUUUCCUAAGUCAUCUUUGGGAGCUAUCCUUUGAAAUUAAAAACAAAUUGAAGCAUAACAAAGAUGGUGAAGGAAUUUAAAAUUUAUGACCUUUGAAGAAUAUUUGAAGGAUUUGGAGAGAUUUAGCCUGGGAAAGAGAGAGGAAUACAAUUAGUGAAUUAGUGCAAGACUCUGGUUCAGAGGGGGUGGAAUGAGGUCCACAGAUUAAAGGCCAUAGGGCCACAGAUUUGGGCUCUGUGUCAGGGAGAACUUUCUCAAAAAGGUGGCUCACCAUGGAAGGAGCUGCCUUAGGUAAUAGUAACCAUCAAGCAGACGCUAUAUGAUGUGGAAAGGAUCUCAGCAUUGGUUGGAGGUUCGACUAGAUGACCUAUUAACUUAUGUUGUAGCACUUUGCCUCUCACAUGUUCAGUUAAAUAUCUGUUGACCUACAGCUAAUGUAGGUUUUUUUUUGUUUUUUGUUUUUUUUAAAGGUGUUGCUGUUUUGCCAAUCCUCCUGGAAGGAGGUUGGUUACAUGUUGUUUGGCUAAGAGACUGGCUUGUCAUUGUGGCCUAGGCUGGAAUUGCUUUGUCAGUCCAUUCACUGAUGUCCAGUUCAAAUCACAAACUGGCUCUUGAGUUAAAAAGAAGAAAAGGUAUUAUUUUAAUAGAAGUUACGUAAAAUCAUGGAAAUUAUGUUUUUGUUACUUGCCAAACAUGCUCAGUUUAGUGAAUAACUGGUAUCCAGGAUUUCAGACCAGGCCUUUUUAGCAGAACAGAAUCUUCAGUUAAAGAUCCCAUAAAUGGACCAACAUGAAGUUUUGCAGCUUCCAUUAGAGAUGGACUGGGGCGUUAAUGGCAUAAAGCAGACCCUAAGAUCUAUUUUGGCAGAAUCUCAAAUGACAUUUCGUUAGUUGGUUUGAUUCUCUUGAAAAAACAUGUUCUGCAAAUUAUUUUAAUAGAACCAAAGCCAAAUUUCUUCAUGUAGAAAAAGUAACAAAACAUGGGUUUUCAGAAAUCAGAGAUAACUAUAAGCAACACUUACUAAUAAAGCCCAUGACCACAUGAUUCCACCUACAAAAUAACUUGCAUCCCUGUUAAGCUGAUAGAUGGCUUUUCAUUAGUCUUUAUAAGAAGUCAUUGGUCUUGCAUCAGUAUGGUGAGAAACACUUGAGUUUGGGUAAGACUUUCUUUGACUCCUUGAAUUAGAGCAGAAUUUUUGGAGAUGUUGUGUCCUAGUUCCUAAUAGAAUACUUGAUCGGUUAUAACUUUAACACUUCAAGGAGUGAUGUAGGGAGGUGUGUGAAGGGGGAACACCAGGUUAGAUAUGAGGAGUCCUAGUACUCCUAGUACAUGAAUUAGCUGUAUCUUUAUGCAAAGCACAAUCUCUUGAGCAUCAGUUUCCCCAUCUAUGAGCUAGACACAUUAUACCUGUCAGAAUUAUUGUGAAAAUUAGGUAAGAUAAAUUGAAAGUUAGGACAGUGCUCAGUAAACAGUAGGCAGUCAAAUAUUAGUUCUUGUCUCCUUAAUUAAGGGCAGACUUUGGAUGGUUUGAUACAAGUAAAGAUCCUUAGGACAAAACAAAGAACCCCUCUCAACUUCAAAGAAAAGAGCACCAUUUCUGAAAGGGCCUUAAAAGGAAGUCACUUAUUUGAUCCAUCUUUCUGCCUUUGGCCAUUACCUUCACCCAAGAGUCUCUUUAUUUCUUUACAUAUUUCAGGAAAGGUAUUCUUGCACUCUUUCCCAAUGGGCAAUUCCAGGUUGCAAACUCCUCAUUAUCAGGAAACUUAACUGUAUUACUGAAAUACCUCACAGUGCAAUUUGAACCUCUUUCUUCUUGAGCCCAUUCUCCAUGGGAAGAAAAAUGGGCUGAUCCUAUCUUCUUUUUAAGGGACCGUGUUUGCCAUUUAUUGUUGCCCUUUGCCUCAUUUUUCUCCUUUAAUGACAGUCAGAAAAAGCUCAUUAAGGUGAUAAUCAUUAUUCUCUUGGGGAAUGUCAAACUAGGUAUUUGUAAACUCUUAGUUUCUUAUUAGUAUCAGAUUUAGAUCACAGUCUUACUGUUGAUUAAUUCUUCAAUUAUCCAUGUAUUUUUCUUCCUUAUAUACUUGAUAACAAAGUGUGCUUCUGAAGAAUUAUUCUGGUUGUGUGGUUGUUUUCUCCUCUUGGUAAAAAUAGAGUCAUGAAUCCUAGUUUUGUCAUCUGCUUUUAGAAUUUCAUUUUGGAGAUGACGUAUAUUUGAUGGACGUAAUUACCAACAUCCAAAUUUAGCAGGGUUUCUUUCCCUUUCUACAUGUGCACUGUAUUCUGAAAGAAAAAUUGGAGUACCAAAUGCCUAAUAAAGCAAAAACUCAUGUACAGAAUAACACAAGAAUCUGGUCUGUUAGGAUAAUUUAUCAUUAGUUGAAUGGUCCACAGCUUUGUUUAAGGUUAUACAGUUAUGCCUGGGUUAAAUAACAAUAGCAAAACUUGAUAAGCCCUCUGAAAAACAGCUGCUAAACAUAUAGCUUUCUGGAAUGUAAUCAUUAGAAAUAUUCUCUUAUCCUAUACAAUUGCAGAAUGCUAGUGGAACUUUCUUGUAGGCUGUUUGACAAUGAAUGUCAAUUGAUUUAAAAAAAAUUUUUAAUCCUCUUAUCCCUUUAAGGCAUGUUGGGGCUUUCAUGUCCCUUUGUGGAAAAUUUCAAAUGACUGGAAUGCUGGCUUCUAAUUUCUGCUCACUGAAGUGUCCUCUAGACAUACCAGAUGGUUGGAGCUCCUUUGAUAAUAUGUAAGGGAGCUACAUAAAUGUAUUUAUGUAAAUACACUUACAUAAAGGUAAGUGUGUGAGUAAAGUUGCUGUUUUCAGCAACACACAUGCACACUUUUCCAAAAAACUCGGCUUUUAAAAUUUCAAAUAAUAAAGGAUUAAGAAGAGAUUUUUGAUCAUCUAAAGGGAAGAAGUUGUGCCGCACAUAUAUUGUUACUAUACUUUAGUGCAUGACUUUUAGUGUAGGGAUGAAAUAAAAUGCAAAAUAUAUCAUUCUGGAGGUCUUCUCAGCAGCUAGUUAAAAUAUUUAGAGAAGCUGUUUUAUGAAGACUUAGAGAACCCCUGAUUUCCCCCCUUUCCUUAUCUCUUUCCUUUAAAACAUGGACCUUUAACAUACACGUAGUUUUAACAAACAUGUUAAUCAUCAAAUCUUAUGAACUCCGUUAUUAAUAUUUGGCUGGUUUUAAGCAUAGGCUCUCAGUAAUAUCUGAAUACACCAGUGUAUAAAAUCUAACUAUCUGAUUCAACACAGGCAUAAUACUUGGUUUUAAAUGUUAAUAUGCAGCACACUGUAUUGUCCUAUGUGUUCAUGUAUUUUGUUUGUUUAAUAAAAAGCUUGUUAGAAAUAUAAGCCCAUAAUGACCUGAGAGCACUUAGCUGAAAACACUCUAUAGAAAGGCAAUUGUAUGAAAAUUUAAAUCAGCAUUAAAAAGGGGGUAUCAGGAACAGGAACGUGAAAAAUUCUUUAAUGAAGUUGCAUCCCUCUUUUUAGAAUUAAGAUAUAAUUCACACACAAUUCACCCCUUUAAAGUGUUCAAUUUGGUGUUUUUAGUAUCUUCACAAAGUUGUACAACACUCACCACUAUCUAACUCUAGAACAUUUUCAGUAUCCCCAAAAGAAACUCUGUACUCAUUAGCAAUUACUUCUCCACCCUCUCCCCCAGCAUCUGGUAACCACUAACCUACUUUCUGUUUCUGUGGAUUUGCCUAUCUUAGACAUUUCAUACAAUAUGUGGUUUUCUGUGUCUGACUUCUUUCACUUGGCAUAAUGUUUUCAAGUUUCACGUUGUACCAUGAAUCAGUAUUCUUUUUAUGGCUAAAUAAUAUUCCAUUGUGUGUAUAUUCCAGAAUUUACUUGUCCAUUUAUCAGUUGAUAAACAUUUGGGUUGUUUCCAUUUGGGGGUUGUUAUAAAUAAUGCUGCUAUGGACAUUUGUGUACAAGUUUCCUGUGUGGGUAUAUAUUUUCACAUCUCUCUUAAAAGCGAUUAGUCUAACAAAUCAUUUGUGUUCACUUAAGCAGAACCUCUUAAAAUCCCACUUGGAGAAUGCAACUUACAAUCUUAGGUCAAUUGGUCAGUUAGGGGACCCUGAAUAAUGGCUAACUUCCCAAUAUGUCCAUAGGAAUCUUUCUAUGAGCCUACCAUUUAUAUAUGAUAAUCAAUUUCAUGAAGACUGUCUUGUAGAAAUUGAGCUGUCAUCACAUAGAGAAUUUCUAAAGUUCUCUGCGUUGUUUCAAGGGAUAGCUACAAACCAUGUUGGAAAGGAGUACUCAUUCAAUCUUCUAAGAUUCAAUGAAGGAGCACUUUUAAUAUAUACUUUCCUUUACAUAUUGACUGUCUUUAAAGUUUGGAUUUUCCAUCUUGAAAAAAGAUUGUCAAAUCGCCAAACCACCUGACUGUCCAUUGUAGCUUAAAUUUUUAUUAAGAAAUAAUUCAUACUGAGAGUAAAAGUAAAAAGAAUGUAUUUUGUGUGCAAAGGAUGAAUGUAUUAAUACUUUUUAUUUGUAAAAAUUUUUUAAAAAGAUGAAUGGAAAUUGCUUUCUCAUGUACUUGUAUAUAAAUAAACAUUUCCUGUUACCCACA